AAUCCAAGCAGUCUGCUCAAGUCUUACAGAGGAGUAACAGCCGAACUACUGAACUUGAAGGUCUUGCCUAUUUGGAUGAGUUCUCAGUCACCCGUCUGCUCGCACAAAAAACAAGUGAAAUGGAAAGCCACCAAUGACUGAUACGUGUUUCUUGAGAAAUGGGAAAGUAGUGUGACAGGGGCUCGCACCAAUAUGGCCGCCCACCGAAUUCGAGUGACGAACAACAACAACGUUCUUCCACGCUGCAAGUCAGAGGGAACACUCAUCGAUCUGAGCGAUGGGGUGUCUGAGCCUUGUCUCACAGAUGUCAAAGUGCCUUCUCCUAGUGCCUUACGCUUGGACACCUCAGCCUCAUUCGGUACAGCACGGGAGGUGGUCGCCAUUAAGGACUACUGUCCAUCCAGCUUCACCACGUUGAAGUUCUCCAAGGGUGACCGCCUCUACGUGCUGGACACGUCCGGAGGGGAGUGGUGGUACGCCCACAACAACACAGAGAUGGGCUACAUUCCCUCCGCCUACGUCCAGCCUGUCAACUACCGGAACUCCUCACUCAGCGACAGUGGCAUGAUAGACAAUCUCGGGGACGUCUCAGAGGAAGGAGCCAAGGAGCUGGACCUCCUUGGAGAGUGGACCGGGGUGACGCUGACGCCCUCGCUGCCUUACCACAACAACCCUUUCUCCAUUCGCUCCUCCACCAAUCCCUUCCUCAACGGCUCCAUGGAGGGACUGCUGGAUCAGAACGUCCAAGAGAGGGCCAACCAGCGCAACGCCAUGGACUUGCUGCUCUUCGACAGUUUUCCACCACCCUCCUCCGCAUCCCCAUCCACCACCAGCACCGUCGCCAUGACCCCAAAUACCAACGGACACAGCAAUAGCAUCUUCGACCUCACGCCCAUCAGCCCAAACCUGGAGGCCUUGCAAAUGCUCCGUAAAGACAACCCCUUCUUCAGGAGCAAAAGGUCCUACAGCCUGUCCGAGUUAUCCAUCUUGCAGACUCAGUCGAACGCCCCAUUGCCUUCCAAUGGGUUUUUCAGUGGCCUAAAGGCCCCAUCCCCGGAGCAGUUCCAGAGCAGGGAGGACUUCAGGACCGCGUGGUUGAAUCACCGGAAGCUGGCAAGGUCCUGCCACGACCUGGACUCGUUGGGUCAGAACCCAGGUUGGGGUCAGACGCAGCCCGUGGAGACCAACAUCAUCUGCAGGCUGGACAGCUGUGGCGGAGCGGUGCAGCUGCCCGACACCCACAUCAGCAUCCACGUCCCCGAGGGCCACGUCGCUCCCGGGGACACCCAGCAGAUAUCGAUGAAGGCCCUGCUGGAUCCGCCGCUGGAGCUGAACAACGACCGCUGCUCCACGGUGAGCCCCGUGGUGGAGAUCAAGCUGAGCAACAUGGAGGUGAAGUCCUUCAUCACGCUGGAGAUGAAAGUGUCGGUGGACGUGAAGAAGGACCGGACCCACUUGGCAGAGGUGGUGUGUGUGCGCAGCGACUUCAAGGAGGGCCCGUACGUGCCCCUGCCUCAGGCCUACAUAUACAGUGACACUGUGCAGGUCCAGCUGGAUAACCUGGAGCCCUGCAUGUACGUGGCCGUGGUGGUUCAGGCCCGAAACAUCUCCAUCAGCUCAACAGUGUGGGACCACAUGGUGAAGAAAUUGACUCUGGGUUUGUACGGGCCUAAACACAUCCACCCCUCAUUUAAAACCGUGGUGGCCAUAUUCGGCCACGACUGUGCCCCAAAGACUCUGCUCGUGAGUGAGGUCGGUAAGCAGGCCCACUCGGCUCCACCGGUAGCCCUUCAGUUAUGGGGGAAGCAUCAGUUUGUGCUGAGCAGACCCCAGGACCUGCAGAUCGGCGUGUACUCCAACAUGUGUAACUAUGAGGUGAAGGCCAACGAACAGGCCCGAGCUGUGCAGGGCUUCCAGGUGAAACUGGGGAAGGUGAGCAGGUUGAUUUACCUCAUCACGUCACGCGACGCCGACGACAUCUCCGACUUCACGCUGAGGGUGCAGGUCAAAGACAACCAGGACGGCGUCCUGGCUCAGUUCUGCGUCCAAACGCCUCAGCCGCCACCAAAGACCAACGCACGAUCCAACGGGCAGAGGAGGUUCCUGAAGAAGAAGGAGGUGGGGAAAAUCAUCCUCUCGCCUCUGGCCAUCACCACCAAAUACCCACAGUUCCAGGAGCGCUGUGUCACCAAUCUGAAAUUCGGCAAGUUGCUCAAAACAGUCAUUCGUCAGCACAAGAAUCAGUACCUGCUGGAGUACAAAAAAGGGGAUGUCAUUGCUCUGCUGAGUGAGGAGAAGAUCAAGCUGAAGGGACAACUCUGGACCAAAGAGUGGUAUAUAGGAUAUUAUCAGGGAAAGACCGGCCUCGUGCACGUCAAGAACGUUCUGGUCUUGGGAAAAGUAAAACCGAUAUACUUCUGCGGGCCGGACCUUACUACAACGAUUCUUAUGGAGCAGAUUCUGAAACCCUGCAAGUUCCUCACGUACAUCUACGCCUCCGUGCGGACUGUACUGAUGGAGAACGUGGGGAACUGGCGGGCGUUCGCCGAUGCUUUGGGAUAUGGGAACCUACCCCUGACGUACUUCUGCCGAGCAGAGCUGGACAGCGAACCCGAGAGAGUGGCCUCCGUUCUGGAGAAGCUCAAAGAGGAUUGCAACAACCUGGAGAUCAAGGAGCGGAAGUCCUUUCAGAAGGAGCUGAUGACUGCUCUGCUGAAGAUGGACUGCCAGGGCCUGGUGGCUCGGCUCAUCAUGGACUUCGUGCUUCUGACCACGGCGGUGGAGGUGGCACCGCGCUGGCGCGAGCUGGCCGACAAACUGGCCCGCGUGUCCAAGCAGCAGAUGGAUGCCUACGAGGCCCCGCAUCGGGACAAGCACGGCAUGCUGGAUGGCGAGGCGAUGUGGAAGCCGGCGUAUGACUUCCUGCUGACGUGGGCGGCCCAGAUCGGGGACAGCUACCGCGACGUGAUCCAGGAGCUGCACCUGGGCCUGGACCGCAUGAAGAGCCCCGUCACCAAACGCUGGAAGCACCUGACGGGGACGCUCAUCCUCGUCAACUGCCUGGACAUGCUCCGCAGCUCAGCCUUCUGCCCCGCCCCUCAGGAUGAUUUUGCCAUUUAAGCCACGCCCACCGUUAUACCCCUGCCCCCUUUUUAGUCAAAGCACCUCCUACUCGGACUAAAAGCUCCAACAGGCCUUGAACUCUUAACGUACUUGUUUCCUCAACCUGGCUUCUUACAUAUACUGUUACUGUUGUUCUUGUGAACCCCGUCCACCUUCCCACAGACAGCCUCAGAGUGGCUGAUUGCUGAUCCCCCCCCCCCCAAUUAAAGCCAAAACACUGAUGUGGUGUCAGCAUAGUUAUUUUUUGGAAAAUUGAAAACACAGGGGCCGUUUUUACCUGGUAAUGUCCCUAAUGCUAUUUGUAUUUUUUUAAGAAAGCAUACUAUGGCACAGCAGCAGUUUGUAGAACCACUGUACGAAUUUUCAAUGUCGGUUUUUAAAAAAGGAAGAAAAAAAAAACACUGAAACAAAACAAAACAAAAGAAAACGGUUAUAUUCAUUCUUAGUACGCAGUGUUCUUAUCUGUUGGCAUCUGCUUGUGUUCUGAGUGCAGCAUGCGAGUCCUCUCCGUAUCUCACACCACAACACGACCCACUUUUCAGUUGCCAAAAUGAUGAACCCUUAGCCUUUAAGCUAUUACCACAUUUCAGUGGAGCAUUUUACUGCAAUCCUAAAUUCAAGAUUCAACCAUGAAGAACUCACUCUCACAUGCUAAUUUCCAAUGACUCCAGUGCUCUAGUUUGUGUAAUUCUCAGAAAACCCCUCACGCUGAGUAAAAGCUGUCUUAAUUUGAACUGGCAUUCACAUGCAAAGGGUAUUAUUCUAAUUCUAAUUAAAAUUAAAAUUCUAUAGAAUACAUUUGAUUCCGUUCACACAGUGGUUAGCCAUAGCUUUAACGGUAGCUUGGCUAAAGGUAACACUCUAGGCUAAUGUUAGCCUCUGAAGAUACUCUUUCAUGUCAGCAGCACAGUGUUAAGAAAAUGAAGGUUCUCUUGUGCAUAAGGAUAAAUAUGCUACUUGUUGCCGUCUAUUUUUGAAUUCAACAGAUAUUGAUCAAUGUUUCCCCUCAACCACUGGUCCCCAUAACAACAUCAGUGGAAGGACAUCCCUCGUUAAUUCAAAAAAAAAAAAAAAAAGGCCUUGAAAAGUGAAUGAGGUUUUGGUACAUGGUGGGGAAAAGAACAUUUUGAUCCAGCUAGUGCUCUCUAUGCCAGGGUUGUGAUGGGAGAGAUGUUACACUAUUGAAAGACUUACAGAUGGCGUUACAGACAGAGUUUUGACUGUUGCCCAUGGUCACGGAAAACCUUCAAAGUGUUCAGUUGCAGUAUUAUUUCCCUUAAUGCUAUUUUACUAAUAGGACCGUUGGGAGAAUAAAUGAGUAUAAACUAUAAUGAUGUAUUUAUGAGGGUUUGUUUCUGAUAGUCGCCAUGGUUUACUAUAUGUUUCUGUUUUCAUAUCACAUUUCUUCGCCCUCGUGAAACAAGUAUUGAAGGAACAGAAAGGAAGGGUUUUGUUUUGUUUUGUUUUGUUUGUUUUUGUUUUGUUGUCUGUAGGUUCUGCUGUGUUCUCUUUUAAUCACAUGAUUUGGCAACAAUGUAAAAAAAAAAGAAAACAAGAAAAGUCAACGUUCAUUGCAAGGCUUAGCUUUCUGUAUGCGUUUCCCUCCAGUCGCGAGUGCUGUACAUGAGCUGGAUUUACGAUAUUGUUUGGUGACUGCAUCUACUAUGUCUGUGGGAAAUUUAAUGUAUAUAAUAUAUAUGGUGAGAACGGUUACUUUGUUAUGACCUUUGUGUUGCUUUUUUUGGUUGGUCUCAGAUCUGUGGCAUUUUUUUUUCCAUUUUUUUUUUUUUACUUACGAUUGGCAUACUGCUCUCGUUUGGAGAAGUUCAAUCAAACUAUUUAGCUGCUGAUUGCCUUUGUGUUCAUAGCCAGUUGUGGUGACUAAAUGACUUGAUUGAAUUCCACUAUUUUGUCUUAGUCUUUGCCAAACAUGUAGGGGAACAAGAACCAACUCUGCUGUUACAUUUUGUUCCCAUGGAUUCAAUAAAACAGCUGUCAGGUACAAAA